AUGGAAUUUUCGAAAACAAUCUAUAUUACAUUUCUGUUAUUUUUACCCGUGUGUGGAACAUUUGAACACGAAAAAACAUCAGAAGAACAUUUUCAACUAAUAUCAAAAAAAACUCUCAAUCGUUUUGAUAAGCAUCCAUUUUUCUUUGUCUUUCACUGCGAACCUUUAGAGCAUAAAUUGUGCACAUUUUUUUCCAGAGACAAGUACGGAUAUGUUACAUAUUUCAACACUGUAAUUUUACUGAUUUUUGCACUUGUCAUAUACGCCCAUCUUCGUUUCAAAUUUAUAAGGAACAUAUAUCGACCAAUCUACCAACUACCAACUAUUUCAAUGUGUUGCAUUCCAAUUCAGAAUGUGUUUACCUGGAUUCGGAGUAUCAUUUGUUGUCCAUGGACCAAUCCUAAAAAUGUAUUUACUCAGUUUAGGAAUUUGGAGCAAAAAACAGUAAAUAUAACAACAAGUGUUCGAACAAAUCAAGAUUAUUCCGAUAAACAACCAAUAAUAUCUUCACAACCGAACGAGUUUUCUUUUCAAUCCGACUUGGAAGAACUGGAUAGAAUGAAACCUCAAUAUAACAUUAAAUUGCAUUCCGGUGAAAUCGAAGAGCUGUUCGAAAAAUCCCUACAAGAAUGUUUUCCAGUACCAAGUGUCUCUGAAAACAUUGUGCCUGAAACACUCGUAGAAAAUGCAGAAUCAUCAAGUGAUUUAGUAGAAAAACCCACUGAUUAUUCAAACGACGACGUUGUUCAAAUACUCUCUAGUGAUCCAGUCUAUAGCGAUGAAGACAGCGAGGACCAAAGAGUAAAAGAAAAUCACGAAAGAAACAUAGAAGAACAAACAAGGAAACACGCAGAAGAGAUGAUGGAAAUAAAAAAGAAAAGGCAUCGAACAAGUUUGAAUAAUUGA